AUGGCUGCAGCAGCUAGCUCAACUUCCUCACUGUACGAGGUUCUUGGCCUUCCAAUGGGCGCAAGUGGUCACGAGAUCAAGGCAGCCUACAGAAAGCUAGCCAGAAGGUGCCAUCCUGACGUUGUCGCCAUGGACCAAAAGCAAAACUCUACUAAUGAGUUCAUGAAAAUCCAUGCAGCUUACGCAACGCUAUCGGACCCCGAUAAAAGAGCAAACUACGACAGGGAUCUUUAUAGAUGUCCCCAACCUUUCCAAUCUUCGUACUCGUCGGCGAACAUGGCUGCUGCCGCUUCGGCAAUGGCGGGGUCUUCGCGACGGACUAAUAGGAAUUGGGAGACUGACCAAUGUUGGUAG